AAAAAUUAGAGAUACCUUAUCCCGAAAUAGGUAAUUUUACUGUAUCAUAUUACAGCCUGCCACCUUGAUUAUGAAAAUGGUUACUAUUUACAAUCGUGAUUCCACUAUGGUAUGCAGAACAACCACCCCCAACGUUAAUCGAGUCAAAAUCAAUGAGAUAUAUGUUUCAUAAUGAGAGCCUGAUCACUCUAUAAUCUUAUGAGAUUCCCAAAUUAAUAAUCAAACAAAUAAUUUAAAAUUCAUAGUCUGGUUCUUCUUGUUAAAUAUUUUGCUACAAUAUUAAAGCGAAUUACAUUCCGAACAAACUAUUUUUUUAAAAUCUCAAAUUAUUUAAAGAACGAAAUAACAUUCUAGUAAAUAAUACCAUCGCUCACUUUCGAUAAUCAGAGAUCAUACCUCCAUUCAAGCCUCUUUAACCAAAUCCUAUGGUCAAGGCCACCAAUUCCCUUCUCCAACUUAAUCAUAAAAACGAAAGAAGGAUGUAAAUGUUAAUGAAGGUUUAUUUCAGUACUAAUUAGCACUAAACCAGUAAAUUCCACUUAAACCCUCAGCGUUUACGUUCUGUCCUAUAAGUAGCAAGCUCUCACAAGUCACAACUCAAUCGUUCUCACUUCUCCCGUACGCUACUCACCAAUUCCUCCGCUCCUCCUACGCGCUUCUGCUCUCCGCCUCCGGCCUCCGGCAGCCUCCUUCCUUCCCUUAUUUUUCACGGUACGGCUGGGCGAAACGCCUCAACUCUCUCCCCGUUCUUUGGCUUUGCUUCUUCUGAGCUUUCGAGCUGUGUCUUGGUGUGUUGUUUCCGCGCGCGCGAUUUUGAUCUAGGGUUUCGUGGGGAUACCCUGCUCAAAUUGCUGCAUAUUGAUGCUGCGAUGAAACAAAUGGUUGGUUUCGCUGGGCGUUGACUUGACGCCGGUGGUUAUUGAAUAAUCGGAGGCCGUGUUGUUUGUCUCUUGUUUUUCUGCUUUCAUUUUUUUUCUGUUUUGAUGGUAUUGCGAUUGAAAUGUAUCUUCGGUGUGUCUGUUUAUCACAAUCUCAUUCCUUUUCGCUCGAAUUGUUAGGUGUCCCAUGUAUUCUGAGUCUCGCACUUUUCUGGGGGAAAAUUGGUUCAUGAAUCGUGGGAGGCUGUGGUGGUCUUGGAAGUUCUUCUUCAGACAUUGGACUUGACAUCUGGGAUUUCUCAGUAGUUUGUAAUUAGAGGGAAGGUGGGAAAUAGAGGAUAGUUAUUUGUGAAGAAGAUAUAGCCAUUUGAAAGAGAAAAAAAUAGAAAAAACAAGAAAGAGUAGUAGUAGUAGUAGUAUAACAUAAACAGCUGUAGAGGAUCUUGGUACAUUGUCCGCAACCCUUUAGCCUGUCAUGGUGGGAAACACAAGGCUACCCCCGGGUUUUCGUUUUCACCCGACUGAUGUCGAGCUGGUUAGGUUUUAUCUGAAGAGGAAAGUGAUGGGGAAGAAGCUCCCUUUUCAUUGCAUUGAGGAGCUCGACCUCUACAAGUUCCCUCCUUGGGAUCUCCCACAGAAGUCGGUGUUGAGAACUGGAGAUCUGAAGUGGUACUUCUUUUGCCCUAGAGAGAAGAAGUAUGCAAGUGGAACAAGGAUGAAUCGUACUACCGAAUUCGGGUACUGGAAGACCACAGGGAAAGAUAGAACAGUUCUUUAUGAUAAUGAGGUGUCGGGAAUGAUCAAGACUCUGGUUUUCCACCUUGGUAAGGCACCGAAGGGUGAGCGGACUGAUUGGGUUAUGUAUGAGUAUAGAUUGGAGGACAAGAAGUUGACUGAUAGUGGCAUUGCUCAGGACUCUUAUGUCCUUUCUGUUAUCUUUAAGAAGGAUGGGCCAGGACCUAAAAAUGGUGCUCAAUAUGGGGCGCCAUUCAAGGAGGAAGACUGGGAGUUGGAGGAUGAUGAUGAAGAAGAAGUAAAUGAUAUAGGAGCUGCUUUAUGGGCUGGUGGGUCUACUACUCCAUCUAAGGGAUUAUCUGUUGAUCCAAUUACUUUAGUUCCUGAAGUUACUUGUGUUGUGUCGGCACAAUCAUGUCUAUCGGCGGAGAAAGCAAAUGCAUAUGAUGUACCUGUUACUCCUGAUACUGUCAAUGCUACUACUGAAGGCGUGUCUCAGGCACCUGCUUCUGAAGACGUUCCCGAAGCUCUGCAUGUUGUUCCCAAAGAACCUUUGGAUUCUGCACUAAUCAGUUCCAUUGGGUUGCCUGAAGCUGGAAAUGGGGAGUAUGCUGAUGAUUUGCUGGCCAUGUUGGCUAACUUCUCUGAAGAAGCUCCGUUUACACUAGAUGAUUUCCAAAAUACUGAGGUGAUUAAUAAUCCCGAUCAAGUCGGUUUGAUUAGUGAUCCUGAUCAAGCUAUUGCUCUGCCACCCUGUCCAGCUCUGGAUGGCAAUGGAAUCUACAGUAAUAUGGGAGAUCUCGGUAACUUUGCCACAUACAGCGAACCUCAGGGCCUGCUCAAUGGCUAUGUUGCUGAACACGAAGACGCAGAUUUCAUGUUCGCUGGUGGGGGAGACGACAAUUUCUUGGAGUUGAUGGAUCUGGACACCCCGUUGAGCAGCUUCCAACAACAACAACAGCAACAACACAAUCAAUACGGAGAUUCCCAAUGUUCGCAGCAGAACAACAACAACAACAGCUACUACAAUAACAACAAUGUCUGCGAUGAUCUGCUGGAGUUCGUCAAUAGCUGUUGGAAACAUUCCGGCGGCGGCCGCAGAUGAUGGGAGUUCGUAGUGAUUGUAAAUGAGAAAUCGCCCUUCGAGCUGAAGGGGACGAUUGAUUGUCUUUUAUUUAUUUGCAUCUGGACUUUCGUUUCUGCAAUUGAGCCCACAUACACACUGCUACAUAUGGUUUUGACAGUUAACUUGAUUUUUAUUCUCAUUUUAUUGCAGUCGUUUAUUUCAAUAUUUUUCUUUCAUCCUUCGUUGUAAUUCUUUCUUUGCCCUUCGUAGUUUUUUUGUUCUUGUUCAUGAAGCCUCCCAGAAAAAUCCAGAGACCGUUAAGUCAAGUCAACGGGGAGUACCCGAAAGACCGUUAACUUCCCGCCUUUUCCACGUGCCAUCAUCUUGUGGAAAGAAAGGGAGAAAAAAAGCUGAAUUCUUAU